CGCCUGCGCGAGGCAAUGUUUUGCACUGUCGCGCCAGUGGGAGAAGUUGUGGGAAAUUUGUGAGGUCCACUAGUUUUUAUGCCUCCAAAAUCACAUUUCCCGAAAUCAUAAGGACUCCAGGAUUUCAGGAGUCUUUACCAGUCAAUGUAUCUAUAUGUGGGCGAAGUAGGAGGACCAGAAACGGCUGUGAUCUGGAGAUUUUUGCUAUCAAAGUUGGAGGAUUUUCCGACGAAGGCUGUCGGGGAGAGAUAGGGUGCACCCCCUGUGGAAAAGCGUGGGAGGGCGAGGGGAGUGAGGUGGGUCAACCUUACGAUUCCUGCCCCUUAACUACAGUUCCCCGGAAGCGCAUUGUUUGUUGUGCGUGGGAGAGAGAGACGGCCGCGCGACCACAACACAACACUCUACCAACCUCCUCCACAACAGAGCCACGGUCGUAAACAAGGACAACCCCGCCACGGUUUUUUUUCCGCGACCCCUUUCAGAUUUCAACCCACAAAUUGAGAACUAAGGAUUGAGAGAAUUCCUCGAUGCUAGCGAUGUCUAGUUCUAACUCCGUGACGAGUAACGAUGCCUGUUUGAGCAUCGUGCACAGUCUGAUGUGCCACAGGCAGGGCGGAGAGACAGAAACCUUCGCCAAGAGGGCCAUAGAGAGCCUGGUGAAGAAACUCAAGGAGAAGAAAGACGAACUAGACAGUUUGAUCACAGCGAUCACGACGAACGGGGCACAUCCCAGCAAGUGUGUGACCAUACAGAGGACACUGGACGGAAGAUUACAGGUAGCGGGACGGAAAGUUUUCCCACACGUAAUAUACGCCAAGAUAUGGCGCUGGCCCGACCUGCACAAAAACGAGCUAAAACACGUCAAGUACUGCAAGUUCGCUUUCGACAUUAAGGCGGAUUAUGUCUGCGUGAAUCCGUACCAUUAUGAGAGGGUAGUGUCGCCAGCCAUCGACCUUUCUGGGCUGACAUUACAGCAUACAGCUCCUCCGAGCAGACUUGUGAAGGAUGAGUUUGUCCAUGAGUGUGUUCAGGUGGAGGGGAACCAGUACAAUACACCAGGAACCUCCGACUCCUCCCAGUCCAUCCAGACUAUACAACACACCUCCAACCACACACAGAGUCGCCCUGACAGCUUCCCUCAUCCCAUGCUGUCAACACCACACUCAGUCUCAUCAGCGGCAGCUCCUGUCACCAAUGGUUUUGGGAUGUCGCACUCGGACCCCAACGGACUGAACAGACCAGGUCCGAGCAUGGUUGGUUUUGGAACGCCCCCUCACUCAGACGGUGUCUUCGCGUACAUUGCAGGGCCGUCCGGCCCCGGACAACAGGCGCCGCCACAGCAGGCACCUCCACAGCAGGCAACCCCGGGGCCUUCCACUCUGGAGACUACCACCGUCUCCACUCAGCCUUCCACACCAUUCAGAAGCAACACGACGACUUGGGCGGGAAACAACACAGCGACGUACACACAGAACAUGGCACCGGAGGGAAGCCUGGCACCGCCACCGUACUGGGCUGGAGGAGGGGGAAACAGUCAACUCCACAGUAACGCAGCUCUGGCAAACAUGCCGCUCUCAUCACGGCCUGGCCCUGAAUACUGGUGUUCCAUCGCGUACUUUGAGAUGGACGUCCAAGUGGGGGAGAUUUUCAAAGUCCCGUCCAGCUGUCCCACAGUGACUGUGGACGGGUACACGGAUCCAUCAGGCAUCGACAGGUUCUGCCUCGGACAGCUCUCCAACGUGCACAGGACAGAGGCUAGCGAAAGGGCAAGGUUACACAUUGGGAAGGGUGUACAGCUGGACCUGAGAGGGGAGGGCGACGUGUGGGUGAGAUGUCUGAGCGACCACGCCGUGUUCGUGCAGAGUUAUUACCUGGACCGCGAGGCGGGGAGGGCGCCGGGAGACGCCGUGCACAAGAUCUACCCCAGCGCGUACAUCAAGGUGUUUGACCUGCGUCAGUGCCACCGUCAGAUGCAGCAGCAGGCGGCUACGGCGCAGGCAGCUGCAGCUGCUCAGGCCGCAGCUGUGGCAGGGAACGUGCCGGGGCCGGGGUCUGUGGGAGGGAUCGCUCCUGCCAUCGGGGUUCUUUCAGAUCUGGGGCUGUCGUCUGCGGCCAGUAUAGGGGUGGACGACCUGCGGCGACUCUGUAUCCUGCGUAUGAGCUUCGUGAAGGGCUGGGGACCGGACUACCCGCGACAGAGCAUCAAACAGACGCCGUGCUGGAUCGAGAUCCACCUCCACCGCGCCCUGCAGCUAUUGGACGAGGUUUUACAUACGAUGCCGCUAACAGGAGGCGAUCCGCGGCAUCUGGACUAGCGUAGCUCUCGUUUUUUUCUUUUGUAAAAAAACAUUAAGAUUUUAUUUCAAUAGGCCAGACCAAUGAAAAUGUAACAUUGUGAAGCUUUACACAAAUCUAUUUUCAUUUUUAUUUCAGUGAACAACACCUACACACCUCUGCAUCAAAAUAGAAUAACUUAACGCUUAAUAUAACAUGUAGAAGAUAUAUGGGUUAUGCCAUUGUAUGCAGGGGGUACUACUUUUGUCCUUUCUGUAGUUGUUACUCUUAUUUUGUGAUACAGACUCGAGAAAAUAUAUUAGAACAUGUAACCAUGAUGUGUGCAAGUGGAAGUUAUGGCUGAAUUUUUUUUUUAAAUGACAGAACUUGACCUGCUAAAAAUGGAUGUUCUGAAAAAUGGCAAAAAUACCUGGACUGACAGACAAAUUGUUAAUAUCCAUACCUCUGAAUAGGCCAAGAUGUAAAGCAAAAUUUGUUCUGUUUUACCCUUGGGGAAAUGGUCACUGCCAUCUUGAGUUUUGAGUGUACAAAAUGGUUUAUAUACUCCAGGUUAUAUCUUCCAUUGCCACAACUUGGUCAUAUACCUGUACAACUAUAUAUUGUUUAAGGAAUCUGCAUAUAAAAGUACAGUUUCCUCAAGAUUUUAUUUUGUAUCAUGCAUAGAUGUAUACUUUGUUUACAUGUAAGAAAGCAAGCUGUUUUCCAUGACAAGCAUUUCAGAAUGAAGAUUUUUUUGUCUGAUAGGUUUGAUCUGAAAAAUGUGAAGCUGAUAAAUUGUGGAUUUUCUUGAAUGCCUAUUGCAGAAGCUAAAUUUUAACAGUCUUUAGAUAGUAAAAUCACACUAAUUAAGCAUUCUACAGUCCUCAGUCACUGCACUACUAUGAAGAUACUUCUUUAACUAAUGCCACAGUCACAAUUUCAAGAGAGAGGGGGAAGAGGUGUAGCAAGAUCUAGAUUUUAGCCAGGCUCUGGAAGGGUUUUUGGCUGUGCAAAACAACAGCCUGUAAACUACCCAAUGAGGCAUCGGUUUGGAAGUGUGUCUGUAUCAUCACAUAAGCAGUGUUUGCAGUAUUUAGUACCUCAGGUCUGUAAAAACUCACAUUGCCUUGAGCGCUGUAUUCCCUGGAUAUUGUGAUGGAUCUGGUUACUUUUGAGAUGCAAAGGAGUACAGUACUGAAGAAGAAAAAUGCUAUUUAUUCUACCAAUUAGCACUGCAUUUACAGCAAACUUUCCCCACAAUUUGCUUGUUAGAUAAUGUUGGUAAGGAGAGUCAAAAGUUGAAUCACAAUGGAAUAGGGCUGAAGGGCAUGUUUUUAGACAUACAAUGCCUAAACAUGUUCCCUCAGUCAAGAACCUUGUCUUGUUGGUAGUGAAAGAGGACUAGAAAUGGCAUUGUCCAAUCCAAGGAAGCCACAGGUGUAAGAUAUUAUGGGAUGUAAUGAUUGACAUACUGAUGUGCAGUGAAGUAGCCAAUAGGAAAGGGUAGGAACUAAUGUGGUCAUAGAGAUAGUGGGAAAUGUAUGGACUCGCAUUGUGAUUGGUAAUCUGUACAAAUUGGAAAUUACAGUAAUCUGGUAAAAUGUUUUAUUUUGGCUAACGUAUUGGCGGUUUUAUUUCAAUGUUCAAAUUAAGAUUAAAAUUUACCUCGUUCUUUCAGUCAUUGACACAGACUUGCCAAGGCCUGCCUCUCUUACAAAGUCACAUUUUUGCAACUGUGUGAAAUGAAAUGUCAUCUAGCAGACAGUUAAGAAUACAAGUCAGGGAUUUUGAACCAACCAUGCAUGGUGGGUCUGAACUCAAGUGCAAACAGCCUACACGGCGGCCAUGUUGGUGUCCGUAUUUGCAUUUCAUAGCCCAAGUGCUUUUGGACAUUUACAGAUCUUCUGACACUCUCAAAUAAACCAUUAUUACCGGUGUCUUCAACUCACAGAAUACCAAAAGAAUACUUGGAUAUAAGACAUAAAAACGCAGUGAAAACUCGCCUGAUCCCCUGAAAUGCAAAUAGGGACACCAACAUGGCCACCAUCACCUGUCUACUUCAUCAGUAUGGAAAGUGAGUGAAAAUGCUCUAUAGAGCUGUUUGUGUUGUAAUUAUAUCAAACUGGAUGAGAAAAUGCACUGUACAGGUCACUAAUGAAUUCAGGUACAUCUUAUGACCAUAAUUCCGGUAUAUAGACGUACCAACGUAGAAUAGUUUGAUAAAUGAGAGAAUAGCAAAGUUAGGGGAUAAGUACAGUAGUCUGCUUUCUUAUCAUUUUUAACAUUGCAAAAUGGUAUGUUGCAGGUAUGUGUACAAUAUGAUAGUUGCACCAUGAAUUUUGAUUUGAUAAGUUAGGAUACUAGGUCACACGUAUGAUGAUAUUUUACAUGUGGAAUCUUGUAGAGAGUUCCAAAUAUCUGUUGCCAAUGAAAGUACUACCUGACCCUGAACAUGCCAUACUUUUGAUACAAGGGUUUUUAUUAAUAACAGACCAUCUCAGUCUUCUUAAUACCAUAUUUGGUGCUAGAUCACUGUCAACUAUUCAAAAAAUUUCAUUCUUAAUACUAACAGAUGACCAGUCGGAAUCUAUCAAUUUGUUAUCAUCAAAUUGUGAUCGUUAAGGUCCAAUUACUAGUAUUCAACCAAAUAUGUAAUUUACAAGUCUUGACAUGUCUUUUUGCAUCAUGAAUAUGAGCACUACUGUCAGUCUUGUAUUUUAAGGUACACAAAUAUCUACUAAGACAACCAAUAAGCCAGUAUAAAUAUGUUAACACUAAGGGCAGUUUGUCAUAAAAAAAGUUACAUAGCAUUCAAUUACUGUGACAGUUACUGUAACAGCACAUCAAGUAAUCAAGGUUUGUUCAUGGCACCACCAUGGUUUUGUGUAUAUUUUCAACUUGUUUUGCAAUAUUUCUGCAGUAAACGUUUAUUUUUUAAAUACACUUUAUUUGAGACUACAAAUGUAUUAUGUACUUGGCAAUAUCAGGUUGGGAUAAGAUAUGCUAGUGUAGUUGAGAUGAAUUUGUACAGUGCUUAUUUGCCAUGUAGUUGUGUGCUACAUUUUCUACACAAGGCUUUAUAACAAACAGUAGAAGUGCAUCAUGUUUGUUAGUAGGAAGUGGAAUAAAUUAUUGGGAAUAUUU